CCAAGAGUUUUAUGACUUUCCAAAGUAAACCCUUGAAAGUCAAAAUGAAAAUGUAAAGGAUUUUUGUGAUGGAUGUUUUCCACUUUGAUAUCCUAGCCCUCCCCCUUUAUUGAACAUGGUUUGUAAAGGGACUGAGUGAAGGAAAUAUUUUUAAAGGAAAUACAAGUUAUUCUUGGGAAAACAUGCUUAAAAAGGAAGAAGGGUGAGCAGAAGUUGCAACAGAAAAACUUCCCUGUGUGAAGUUCCUUCUGGUAUUUAUGUGUGCUACCUAGAGGUGAAUAUAGUUGAUAGUGCCUUCAUUUAUUGCUGUAUUUAAUUUAAGGACCCCUGAAAACUCUUGAAUUAUCAUUUCCUGCCGGAGGGUAGUAUCAAUACAUUUGUUAAAAACAAAACCAAAAACACCCUAAUUUUUAAAUAUCUUUCGUUUACAUUUGUUUAAAAUAUGUGCAGAAAUCUGAUUAGUCUAACUAGAACUUUAUCUUUGAGACCUGAUUCUGUUUUUAAGAGCCCAAGUCAUUGUCCUUGUCCCUUUGGGGAAAUUUGGUUUUUCUGCUGUUAAGCCUUAAACUUGAUCUUGGUCCUGUUUUGGGGGAGGAUUUGGUGGGUUCCCGUUUCCUGUUUCCACAUUCAUUUGGCCAAAUUUUUUUUUUUUUAAUCUUCCACAGUACUGGGUAAGUUGUUAUUCUAGAGGCCCCUUGUGUGUCGCUUAUCACAUACUUAUUUGACUUUUGUGUUAAUAAUUGUUUUAACGCCUUUGUGGGCACGUCCUGAAUAUAUGCUACUCUCCCAAGGCCCUUGGCGGUGAGUCGCGGAACGGGGUUUGAGGACCUGCCGGGGAGAUGGCCCUCCCCGGGGGGGCGGGGCCAGUUGCAGGCGUCACGGGGCAGCUCCGCCCCUCCCCCCCCAGACGCGGGCGCUGGUGGCGCCAUCUUUCCCGGCUGCGGGAGGGGUCACAGGUCAGUGCCGAUCCUAGCCGCGAGUGAGGAGGGCGAGGUGAGUGACCAAAUCCGGCCGACGUCUUCAAGUCCCGACGGGUGCCUUUUCCUCGGGGCAGCCCAGGAUUCUCCAAGAGGACAAUGGAUUCUGGAACUCGCCCAGUCGGUAGCUGUAGCAGCCCUGCAGGGCUGUCACGGGAAUACAAACUAGUGAUGCUGGGUGCUGGCGGUGUAGGGAAAAGCGCCAUGACCAUGCAGUUCAUCAGCCACCGGUUUCCAGAAGAUCAUGAUCCCACCAUUGAAGAUGCUUAUAAAAUCCGGAUCCGUAUUGAUGAUGAGCCUGCCAAUCUGGACAUUUUGGAUACGGCUGGACAGGCAGAGUUUACAGCCAUGCGGGAUCAGUAUAUGAGGGCAGGAGAAGGGUUUAUCAUCUGUUACUCUAUCACCGAUCGUCGAAGUUUCCAUGAAGUUCGGGAGUUUAAACAGCUUAUUUAUCGAGUUCGACGUACUGAUGAUACCCCUGUGGUUCUUGUGGGAAACAAGUCUGACCUAAAGCAGCUAAGACAGGUCACCAAGGAAGAAGGAUUGGCUUUGGCCCGAGAAUUCAGCUGCCCCUUUUUUGAGACAUCUGCCGCAUACCGCUACUACAUUGAUGAUGUAUUCCAUGCCCUUGUACGGGAGAUACGUAGGAAAGAAAAGGAGGCAGUGCUGGCCAUGGAGAAAAAAUCUAAACCCAAAAACAGUGUAUGGAAGAGGCUAAAAUCACCGUUCCGGAAGAAGAAAGAUUCAGUAACUUGAAGGGAAGAUGUGAAAUGUUUAUCUGUGAACUGCAGUGCUUAAUCAGAGCAGUCCAGUAACCUGCAUUAGUGAGCAUGGUGCUUGUUCUUUCUCCUGUUAUGACUGUUAUUUUAAAAAUAACUGAUGAAGGGGACAUGCCCACUAGGAGUUUUCAAUGAUGUGGUAUUUAAAAUAUUGUUUCUUAGCUAAUUCUGAUUUUAUUAACCCAGUGGAGCACUGUCUACUUUUAAAUUGUCAUAUUAGAAUUCGAUUUACCAAUGUUUUGGGUUCUGUUGCUGAUAUUAAUUAAUGUAAAUUUUUUAUACCCCGGGGAAUACGAAUACCAUACGUGUUUGCCCAAGCUCACAAGAGGAAUUUUUUGCCAUGCACUAUUCUGCAUUCUCUUUCAACUGCAAUUUCCUGGGACUGUCCCAGGUAAGGACUUCAGUCUUUUCUGUUCAUGCUGUGCUUCCUGGAGACAGAACAAAAAUCAUGGGGAAAUCAGUUCUAAAGAGAUUGGUGCUAAAGUUCAGCAAAUAGCUGUGGAACUGACUCCUGCUGCAGAUUAUGGAGUGAUGAUAUUGGGGAAAUCAGGCUGUAUGUUUUUGCAAGAGCUUGGCUAGAAAAAGUUAGGAUCAGAACAGUGCUCCUCAGAGGAGCCUGUCUUUUCUAACAAGUACACAUUUGACCCAAAUGCACUGGGAUGGAUGAGAGCAAAGAGAAACAUAUAAGAUGUAAUGAAGCUUUCUCCUACAAGGUUAUUUUACUCUUCCUUUCAGGGUUUUGCCCUUCUUUACCUUCACAGGUAAACAUUUUGGGAACCAAUACUGGGUUACUAAACUGUUGUUUAAUCUAAAUCCUUGGUUGGGACAGCCAUUGCCUUGUACAGGUUUAUUUUUUCCCCAGAGAUGCACACACAAAUACAUUUACAUUAAUUGCUUCCUAGUGCUUUCCCUUAGCUUCCCUGUGCUCUCUAGAAGAGCUAGGCCUGGCAGAAUGUUUUUUAGGCCCUUCGUCAGACUGACUGCAUUUUCCAUACAGAAAAGACAUCAGGAGUUAGUAAAAUUGUAUAUGUGCCUCCUUGACAUAGACAAUCACUAGACUCAGUGUUCUAAGAAAGCCUGUGGCAUUUCUGUGUAAUGAGCCAGUCUGAAGCUUUAAAAUUCCCAUAUGUUGAGUUUCUCAUUGAAGAUUUCUUUACAAGGACCUUGCUAAGUUCACCUCAGGGUUUUGCCUGAGCCUUGACAAAGCUUAGCCUAAGACAGUACCACUUUGAUAACUGCAUAGUUGAGAAACUAUCCUGUCUUCUUGGGAAGAAUCAGCUUUAAAUAUUGGUGGUGAGGUCUUUCUUUUAGAAUCAGGAUUAUUUUGAUACCUGAACUUGUUAUGUGUGGAGAUUAAGCACAAAAGUGCUAAGAGUAAUGUAGCAUAUGUUGAACAUUAAAUGUCACUGAAGCAGUGUUUGUGACCACUUUAAGAACAUGACUGUGUAGCAUCUCUUAAAAAGUGCACAGCUCAAUUCACUGUUUUCCGUUUUUAUUACAGUCAGGACAGGGUUGUUGUAUUUUUUCUUCCAAUCAAUGGUAUGUGUUCUAGGUUUAAAGGAAAGUGAUGGUUGUAACUUCUUUAGCUGAGUAGUGAUCCCUUUUGAAACUCCUGAAAUGUUUUUGCUACCAAAUAAAUCAUGGUUUAUGGUACUCAAGCCAUCCAAAACUGAAAGAUGCAGAAUUUGAAUCUAUGCAGGACAAAAAUCUUACAGGAACCGUAGCACUUUGGAAGUGUGAAGUUAGAAAAGAAGUACAGUGCAAUUCUAUUUUAACAGUAUUUCACCACAUUUAAACUAGCUUAGAGCCUGUUAGGUUUAAUGCCUUAGCUUCUCAUUACUAAUAACCUAGGGAAUUGUUAUUAGCAUCAAGCAAGAUGUUGACAGCUAUGUAAUUAUAUCUAUAAGACAGGAGAGAGUUUGUAAUGUAUAUAAGAAAAAUAACAAAUGGGUGUUUUUAAGACUAUCACUAUCAUAUAUUUGAUCAUUGGAUUACUUAGCCCAUCAGGUAGUAUUGAGAAUUCUAUUCAUGGUGCUAAAUAGUUUGAGGGGUAUAAUAUGUGUAAGUCAUAGCUCUAUUCUUAGUGAUUGUAUAGUGUAAAUAAUUUAUAAGCUCUAAAUAGUCAGCUUUAUCUAAUUUGAGGGCAUUAAAAUCAAUUAACUGCCUGGAACUUUGAGGAGAGAAAAAUUCAGGGACAAGUUGAAAAGCACUGGAACUGUUCAUGUCCAUACCAGAUUGGCAAGUUACAAAAUUUGGAAGCUGGUGUCUAGAAUUAACUGUUUAGAAUUCCAAAAGAGAUAUAUGUUUUAACUUUGUGAUAUAUUAGCAAGAAUUGGUCUACUGUAAUGUAUGGGGAGGAGAGGGGAGAGAAGAGUUUUUCACUUAUGCACUUGUAUAUGAUGACAGUUUGUAUGACACAAUACAAAACUUUUAAACAA